AUGGACGUUCUUGCAGUUCUUCCAACAGGAUACGGAAAGAGUAUCAUCUACCAAAUACUCCUAAAGGUUAUAUCCGAAUUGCGAUACAACCAUAUAGGGGAUAGAAAGACAGUUACAGUUAUCGUGGUCAGUCCACUCGAGCAGAUUCGUAAGCAGCAAGUAGCUAGGGGAAUCAAAUCUGCUUCGCUCGAGGAUGUUAAGGCUAGUGACGAUACAAUGCUUUGCGAAUUCGAGGUCGUUUUCGGAAGUGCUGAGCAGUGGUUAUCCGAUAAGUGGGUUAAGAACUUAAAGUACGGCUACCUGAACGAAACAGAGGUAUUGGUAGCAGACGAAGUGCACACAAUUCAGACAUG